AUGCCAGAGAAUGGCUCUUUCGCUAACUGCUGCGACGCCGGCGGGCCGGACGUGAGCCAGGGCUGGUCCGGGGCGGGCAGCACGCGGCCCUCGGGGACCCCCAGGCCUCCGUGGGUGGCACCCACACUAUCCGCCGUGCUCAUCGUCACCACCGCCGUGGACCUCGUGGGCAACCUCCUGGUCAUCUUCUCGGUGCUCAGGAACCCCAAGCUCCGCAGCGCGGGUAAUUUGUUCUUGGUGAGUCUGGCUCUGGCUGACCUGGUAGUGGCCUUGUACCCCUACCCACUAAUCCUUGUGGCUAUCUUCUAUGAUGGCUGGGCCCUGGGGAAGGUGCACUGCAAAGCCAGUGUCUUUGUGAUAGGCCUGAGCGUCAUCGGCUCAGUCUUCAACAUCACCGCCAUCGCCAUUAACCGCUAUUGCUACAUCUGCCACAGCGGGGCCUACUACCGGCUCUGCUGACACUGGCUAACUCCUCUCUAUAUCUGCCUCAUCUGGCUCCUCACCAUGGUGGCCUUGCUGCCUAACUUCUUUGUGGGGUCCCUGGAGUAUGACCCGCACAUCUACUCCUGCACCUUCAUCCAGUCAGCCAGCGCCGGGUACACGGUGGCCAUGGUGGUCAUCCACUUCCUGCUCACCAUGGCCAUCGUGUCCUUCUGUUACCUGCGCAUCUGGGUGCUGGGGCUCCAGGCCCACAGGAAGGCCACAAUGGAGAGCAAGCUGUGCCUGCGGCCCAGUGAUGUCCGGAGCUUUCUAACCAUGUUUGUGGUGUUUGUGAUCUUUGCCAUCUGCUGGGCUCCACUUAACUGCAUUGGCCAUGCUGUGGCCAUCAACCCAGAAGAAAUGGCUCCCCAGGUCCCAGAAGGGCUCUUUGUCACUAGCUACUUCCUGGCUUAUUUCAACAGCUGCCUUAAUGCCAUCGUCUAUGGGCUCCUGAACCAGAACUUCCGCAAUGAGUACAAGAGGAUCCUCUUGGCCCUCUGGAACCCAUGGCACUGCUUUCAGGAUGCUCCCAAGGGCAGCCACACUGAGGAACUGCAGAGCCAAGCCCCACCUGCUGUUAAUGUCCAGCACCCUGUACAGACUGACACUCUCUAG